AUGGCUGACGCAAACAUGUUCCUCGUAUACGCGUCCGCUUCAAACCCACACAACAUCACUAUCUCGCCCAGAACAGCAACAGGGCACGUCCCACCACUCUAUAACCACCACACGCAUAUUUCGCUCCUCCCCACUUCGUCAUCGGGAAUAGAUAAUGGAAUUAUCACGGCCGAGAUCGAGUGCCAUACCUGCCUGGAAGGAUACGGCGGCUCCAUGGACCCAUCUAGCACAUCGACCCACUGGGUCUGGGCCUUUAGAGAAAGACCGGCAAGUGGGGAUGGAGGAUCGUUGCGAUCAGACGAUGUGACGGCCGCAAUCCACUUCCACGAUUCCUUCGGCAGGGUCACUGUUGAUCUCUCCCGCGCCCGCACGGGCCAUUCCUCCUCGCCCGGCGACGGAGGUGGAUAUCAGGAUCCCUUCACAGACCCCGACUUUCGAGCUGUCCGUCCCGCUGACGGCACUGCUAGUAGCGGCGGCAGCAUCCAUUCCAGCUUAGUAACCGCCCACGCGGUGCUAAUGUCCCUCACCUUCCUCGUCUUCUUCCCGCUCUUCGCGCUCUCCGUUCCACUGGGGUAUCCGCUCCUGAAGGUACACGCUCCCCUGCAAGCAUCCACAGUCCUAAGCACACUAAUCGGUGCCGGGAUCGGGCUUUAUAUUUGGCUUUCGUGGGGUAUACCGCCAAGCGCAGCGCCGCACCCGAUCCUCGGCCUCGCGCUGAUUUCACUCCUCACGUUUAUCCUCCCGACACUCGGAUACCUGCAGCAUCUGCACUUUGUGCGUGUCGGGCGCAAGGGUAUAUACGCGUACGCGCAUCGCUGGCUCGCGCGACUUGUGAUCUUGGUUGGUGUCGGGAAUGGGGUCGUAGGGCUAUUGUGGGCUGGUGCGGAGAGGAGACUGGUGGGUUGGUAUGUGGCGUUUGCGACUCUUGUGCUGCUCGUAUAUGUCGGGAUUAAGAGGCGGAUUGCUCGUGGCGUUGAGGGACGGCGGAAGGACUCUAUUGAGCGGAUUGAGGACCCGUAUCGGGAUUUGGAUGUGGAUAAUGUUGAGGUUGAAGGAGGGGAUGGGGAUGCGGAUGGGCAGCGGUGA